ACUUACUCCCGACCAGAACAUCAACACCGACUCCUAUUUCCGACCGCACAUACCGACGAAAUGGGUGACGCCGAUAUUACAACGAGUGCCUGGAGGCUGGUCGAGGUCGGCCGUGUAGUCCUCUUCAACGAGGGCCCAUUUGAGGGUCGGCUGGCUGUCAUUGUCGAGAUCAUUGACCACAAGCGUGUUCUCCUCGAUGGUCCUUCCGAGAAGGCCCCCGUCCCUCGCCAGGAAAUUGCGCUUGCGAAACUCUCUCUCACACCUAUCGUCAUCCCCAAGCUUCCCCGCGCCAGCGGUGUCGGCCACGUCGCGAAGAAGUGGGAAGAGCACAAGGUCCAGCAGAAGUUCGACGAGAGCUCAUGGGCGAAGAAGCGUGCGGCUAUUCAGAAGAGGCGAGGACUCAACGACUUUGAGCGAUUCAAGGUCAUGAAGAUGAGGAAGCAGGCUCGUUUCGAGGUUCAGAAGACCUUCGCCAAGAUCCGCGCCAGCGCAAAGGCAUAGGUAGUCUAGAUGCUGUCGGGAGACAGGCGUUGUGGAGGAGGUUGCAUGCAGGAGAUGAAGAAGCAUGACGUGCAUUUUCAUGAGCAUUCCGAAGGCGACCUCAAAGGCAUUCAAAAAUUCAAGACCUGGUUUCGGGUGAAUAAGUCCAAUGUUUGGCACGGUGCAAUUCGGUAUGGGAAGGUUUACUCGGCUCUCGCAUGCUUUCUUCAUGUAGCAAGAGGGUCCAAUCCACAAAUUCAUGACAACACGAAGACUGCAACUAGAACUGCCAA